AUGGAUGCGGACGAUCGCAGGGUUCUCGAUGAUGUUUUUGCUCAGCAGAAGCAGUGGCAAUUGGUAAUCCUUGAAGCUAUGGAAGUAGAACGAGCCAAGCACUUCAUGCAGGCUGAUAAUGUAUCAUUUAAGCCAACUGUGGAUAAAAAAGCACGUGUUGCUGUCCAGGUCUGUGCAUCACCAUCACCACUGCCAACACCAUCAGCAGCAGUAAAAGCAUAUGUAUUUCAUUUCAAAAAGCAGACUGAUCAAGGCGUGGUGUGCUAA